AUCACCACAGACCUGAGGCAGCGUUGCACAGACAGCCAUACGGGAACCUCAGCCUCUGCACCUAUGGCUGCAGGCAUCAUUGCACUGGCACUGGAAGCAAAUCCAUUUCUGACCUGGAGAGACAUACAGCAUAUUAUUGUAAGGACUUCACGUGCAGGACAUCUGAAUGCUAACGACUGGAAAACCAAUGCGGCUGGUUAUAAGGUGAGCCACCUCUAUGGAUUUGGACUGAUGGAUGCUGAAGCAAUGGUGAUAGAAGCAGAAAAGUGGACAACAGUCCCUCCACAGCAUGUGUGUGUGGAGAACACGGAUCGGCAAAUCAAAACAAUACGACCUGACAGCGUUGUCCGUUCAAUUUACAAAGCCACUGGCUGCUCAGAUAACCCCAACCACCACGUGAUCUACUUGGAGCAUGUGGUUGUGCGCAUCACUAUUACUCACCCUCGACGUGGAGACUUGGCAAUUUACCUAACCUCUCCUUCGGGAACUAGGUCACAGCUAUUGGCCAACAG